UCUCUUCGUUGAAUCUUAUCAAACAUGGCAAAUCUUCCUCGUCUAACGCUGCACCACAGGCUCCCACUCUUUGGUGCUCUUUCUUCUGCUUCAGUCUCUACUUUUUCGUGUUCUACUUCUGUUUCGAGUCUUUCCAAAGCGCUGAACAAGUGUGGCAUUGGAAUUAGAGCGCCUCGCCGUCUGGUGUUGGGUCUGGGAGCCGCAUGUUGGACUCAGUUUUUUAGUAUGGCGAGUAAUGUUGCCUCCAAAUCUUUCAUUGCUUCUGCAAGGCAAAAGGGUGCUGUUGAAGAGAUAUUGAAGAAUGUUGAGUGGCCAGAGCAAUUCCCUUUCAAGGAGGAGGAUUUUCAGCGCUUUGAUGAGACACCUGAUUCAAUUUUCUAUGAAGCUCCUCGAUUUGUGACACACAUUGAUGAUCCAGCCAUUGCUGCAUUGACUAAAUACUAUUCAGAGGUUUUACCUCCUAGCAAUACUCCAGGAACAAGCAUUCUAGAUAUGUGUAGUAGUUGGGUGAGCCAUUAUCCACCAGGGUACAAACAAGAUCGUAUAGUUGGAAUGGGCAUGAAUGAAGAAGAGCUCAAACGGAAUCCAGGUUCCUCCUUCAAAAUUGUUAUUGGUUGGAUAGUGGUUGUCUCCUUCAGUUAUUUCCCAACAAAAUAUUAA